GAGCUGUGCUGCGCUGCGCCGCGCGGCGCGGCGCGGUGGGAGUGUCUCCGGCUGGUCUGCAGGGAGGACACCAACUGAGACCUCAAACCCUGGCUCCAGUGUCAUGGAAUCAGUCACCUUGGAGGAUGUGGCCGUGGAGUUCAUCCAGGAGUGGGCAUUGCUGGGUAGUGCGCGGAGGAGCCUGUGCAGAUACGGGAUGCUGGACCAGUGCAGGACCCUGACUUCCAGGGGAACUCCACCAUGCAAACCCAGUCGCGUCUCCCAGCUGGGGCCAAGAGCAGAGCCAAGGGCAACAGAACGAGGGAUUCUCCAUGCCACGGGUGUAGCCUGGGAAUCUCAGCUUAAACCCAAAGAGUUGCCUUCUAUGCAGGCUCUUUUGGAAGAAGCAUCCUCCAGGGACAUGCAAAUGCAGGUGGACCCCAUGUGAAGAAAGGAGAGAGCGAGAGAGAAUGAGCCACGAGGGCCCGGUGCCCUCUUCGUUUCUGUGGGCUCUCUCCUUUCAGUACAGGGCUCCAGCGCCCUCUACAGAACUCCACACACAGCCCAGCAAGCCCCUCUGUAAUGGGUGCUGAGAGUGGCAGGCAUGGGGCUCUUGUUACAUCAGAGUCCCAGGAAACAGGCAGUCACAGACUAUUCUGAGUGGGCAGAAGAGGUCCACCUAUGGACACAUAUUUAGAGAAGCUGAGGAGUUCAUCACUGAAGACAUCCAGCCCGUGAGUAGUAGAGGGGCCGGGGCUGUUCCUGAGGAUGCAGCUGGUGCCCUCUAUAGAAGCGAAGGAGACACCGUUGACUCAAGAGGACCGGCCAGCUCUCCAGGAGCCACCUUGGUCUCCGGGAUGCACGGGACUAAAGGCCGCUGUGCAGAUUCAGAGGGUGUUGAUACCAGUGCCUACACUGGGCCACCCCGACCCGUGGGUGGCCGAGGAUUCUGCUGUGCCUGCACGGGACCCUGCCUGGCUUCAGGAGGACAGAGUAGAGGAAGAAGCUAUGGCUCCUGGGCUGCCAACCGCACGUUCACAGGAACCAGUCACCUUUGCAGAUGUGGCUGUGGUGUUCACCCCAGAAGAAUGGGUGUUUCUGGACUCUACUCAGAGGAGCCUGUAUAGAGAUGUGAUGCUGGAGAACUAUAGGAACCUGGCCUCUGUGGCUGAUCAACUGUGCAAACCCACUGCCUUGUCUUAUUUGGAACAAAGAGGAGAGCAGUGGACCACUGACAGGGGCAUCCUCUCAGACACUUGUGCAGAGCCUCAACUUCAACCCCAAGAGGCAAUUCCUAGCCAAGAUCCUUUUAUGGAGAUUCUGUCCAUUGAUGUGAAAGGGGAGCAACCUCAGCCUGGAGAAAAACUCUAUAAAUAUAAUGAACUUGAGAAACCUUUUAAUAGCAUCGAACCACUUUUCCAGUACCAGAAAAUUCAUGCUGGAGAGGUGUCCUAUGAAUGUCAAGAGAGUAGAAAUUCCUUCUUCCAGAGCACCCAUCUAAUCGUGCCUGAGAAAAUCCGUAGUGGGGAUAAAACCUAUGCAUGUAACAAAUGUGAAAAAUCCUUCAGAUACAGCUCUGACCUUAUCAGGCAUGAGAAGACUCAUACUGCAGAGAAGUGCUUUGACUGUCAAGAAUGUGGGCAAGCCUUCAAAUAUUCCUCGAAUCUCCGGCGACACAUGAGAACCCAUACUGGAGAGAAGCCAUUUGAAUGUAGUCAGUGUGGGAAAACCUUCACAAGGAACUUUAACCUGAUUUUGCACCAGAGAAACCACACAGGAGAGAAGCCCUAUGAGUGUAAAGAUUGUGGGAAAGCCUUCAAUCAGCCAUCAUCCCUUAGGAGCCACGUGAGAACUCACACUGGAGAGAAGCCCUUUGAAUGCAGCCAGUGUGGGAAAGCCUUCAGGGAACACUCUUCACUGAAGACACAUCUGCGAACCCAUACCAGAGAGAAACCAUACGAAUGCAACCAGUGUGGCAAGCCCUUCCGGACGAGCACUCAUCUGAACGUGCACAAGAGGAUACACACAGGGGAGAAACUGUAUGAGUGCGGGACUUGCGGUCAGGUCUUGAGUCGUCUUUCAACCCUAAAGAGUCACAUGCGAACUCACACUGGAGAGAAGCCCUAUGUGUGCCAGGAAUGUGGGCGAGCCUUCAGUGAGCCCUCAUCCCUCAGGAAACAUGCAAGGACUCACAGUGGCAAGAAGCCCUAUGCAUGCCAGGAAUGUGGGCGAGCCUUUGGUCAGUCUUCACAUCUUAUUGUACAUGUGAGAACACACAGUGCUGGGAGACCCUAUCAAUGUAAUCAGUGUGAGAAAGCCUUCAGGCACAGCUCCUCACUCACUGUACACAAAAGAACCCACAUGGGAAGAGAGAACAUUAGGAAUGGUAGCCUGCCUUUAGCCAUGUCUCAUCCAUACUGUGGGCCCCUUGCUAAUUAACUUCCAUUUUGUAAAAAUAUAAACACAUGGGGCUAUGACUUUCCCUCAUAAUACUCCUUUAGCUGCAUCUCAUGUUUCAAUGUAUAAUAUUUUCAUUUUGGUUUGAUUGUAAGUGUUGUCUUAACCUCCAUUAUCAUUUAUUCUUUGACCCAUCUAUUAUUUGGAAUUAGAUUUUUCAAAACUAAUACGUGGAUAUAUUUUCAUAGAGGUAUAAUGACUUACAGUGAAAUGCAUACAUCUGAAGUAUACAGUUGGAUGAAUUUGACAGAUGCAUACAUGCAUGUAACCAAUACUCCAUUCCAGAUACAGAAUAUUUCUAUCUUUCUGGAAGGUUCCUGCAUCUUAUAUGGCUAUUUCUUAGUUGCCUUGUUGUUGGUGGUUUCUAAUUUAAUUACAUGGUGAGAAGAGUAUGUGGCCUCUUUGUUAUUGAGUCAUAGGUAUUUGCUGAGAUUUGCUGUUAGGUCUGGUGUGGCUUACUCUUCUAGCUGCCAGCCAAAAUUGCCCCUUCCUCCUUAGAAAAGAACCUGGGUUUUCUGUUCAGAUUGGUGGCAUGCACUAUUUAAAAGCUUCCAUCGCCUGGCCGGACACAGUGGCUCAUGCCUGUAAUCCCAGGCUGAGGCAGGGGGAUCACCUGAGGUCAGGAGUUCGAGACCAGCCUGGCCAACAUGGUGAAACCCCCUCUCUACUAAAAAUACAAAAAUUAGCUGGGUUUGGUGGCAUGCAUCUGUAAUCCCAGCUACUUGGGAGGUUGAGGCAGGAGAAUUGCUUGAACCCAGGAGGCAGAAGUUGCAGUGAGCCAAGAUUACACUACUGCACUCCAGUCUGGGCAACAGAGUGAGACUCUGCCUCAAAAAAAUAAUUAAAAAAAAGCUUCCAUCUCCCAGCCCUUCUUGCAAGCAAGGGCAGGCCAUUUCUUCUGGUCCUGGCUAGGAUGAAUGUGAGAAGUCACUGGAUGUGACUCUGGGGAAGAUGUUGUGUUCAGGGAUAGUUUCAUGCAGCCACAUCUCUCCACUUCUUGCCUUUUGGACAAGGAGACAUGAUGUCUAGAGCUAGAGGAGCCCUCCUGUGACCAUAAGGGUAAAAGCCACAGGCUAAGAGUGUGGCUGGAAGUCACAUCCAUCUUGCUUCUGUAAUCUAAAAAAUAUUUAGGAUAUAUUUAAUAGAAUUGGCAUAUUUAUGUGAUUGCAGCAGCCCUGGACUAUUUGUUUCUGGAUGUCCCAUACAUGAAAAAUAGGCACUUCUUACUGGUAGAAGAUGGUUUUGUUUGUUUGUUUGUUUUGUUUUUUUUGUUUUUGUUUUUGGUGGGAGGUUUAUUUCAGCUGAAUAUAAUUCCUAACUGAUGCACUUAGUAUAUGUCAGUUUUUAUGUAUGCUUCAUGGAUGGUUGAAAUCAAUGUAUUGUAUUCUGCAAAUGUCUGCUAGAUCAAGCAUAUGUGUUUAAAAGCCAUCUACACGUUUAUAAAUACUGAUCUGUGAUCUAGCAUUUAUUAAGAGAGGUAUGUUAAACUUUCCACCGUGAUUAUGUAUUGCUGAACACUCUUUGUCCAUUCUGUCACUUUUUAAAUUUAUGUAUAUACAUACAUAUAUAUGUUUUGAAGCAAUGAAAUUAAAUAUAGAUAC